AUGACGCUCCGGUUUGUUGCUAUGGUGCUCUGUUUGGUGGCGGUAGUCUGUGAAGCAGCUGUUCCAAGGCGCUCCGAUGGCAGGAUCGUUGGCGGUAGUGACUCUUCGAUUGAAAAUCACCCCUUCGUCGUGUCGCUUCGCCGUCUGCAAAGGCACAGCUGCGGUGGCGCCAUCCUGAACGCGAACACCAUUCUGACGGCGGCCCACUGUGUUUACUACCCGGACCUGGUACCGUCGGACUUUGAGGUGCGCGCAGGGUCCACCUACCGCAACGAAGGUGGCCAGCUUAUCGCUGUCUCCAGUGUGCACAUCCAUACCCAAUUUGACGACUGGACCCUGGAGUGGGACAUAGCGGUGCUGAAGCUGGUGAGCAAUUUACAGCUUGGUGCCAGCGUACAGGCCGUCAAUCUGCCUCCGCGUUCGUUCUCUAUCGCCGAUGGUACCGUCGUCAGCGUCGCCGGAUGGGGCGCUCUAUACUACCAAGGACCAUCAACCAACCACCUGCAGCAAGUCUCGAUCCCGAUCGUCAGCAACAGUCGCUGCGGUUUGGCUUACCAGAACUUUGCACCCGUUCUGCCCUUCCAUAUCUGUGCCGGCGAGAGGGGACGUGAUGCUUGCCAGGGUGACUCCGGCGGACCGUUGGUGCACCAAAACCAGGUGAUCGGUGUCGUCUCGUGGGGCUAUGGCUGUGCUUUCGACAAUUAUCCCUCGGUCUACUCGCGGGUGUCCGAGUUUAUCGACUACAUCUCGGAGUAUCUGUGA